AUGACUGUCUCGUGUUCUGACUCCGAUACCAGCUCAUUGAAUGAAACUACACCUUUACUGAACGAUGCGCAACAUGACCCAGAAGACCAAGAUUCCCCCGUUAAAAAGGCUACGCCGUUGCCAAUAGCUCAAUUGCUUAUCGUCUGCGCUAUUCGCCUUAUGGAUCCAAUCGCCUUCACUCAGAUCUUUCCAUACAUUAACGAGUUUAUAGCUUUUCUGAAGCUAACCGACGAUCCUUCACAGACAGGAUUCUACAGCGGUCUCGUGGAAUCUACGUUUGCAGUCACCCAAUUUCUGGCGAUAUAUCAAUGGUCCAAGUUGUCCAAUAAAAUUGGGCGCAGACCAGUUAUCAUGGUGGGGACCUUCGGUGUAGCGUUAUCGACGAUGUACUUUGGCCUUUCGAGUUCGUUGACAGACUUAUUACUUUCUCGUGCCAUCGGUGGAAUUUUUGGUGGAACAGUCUCCGUAGUCCAGUCUGUUGUUGGAGAAAUAACCGACGCUUCGAACCAGGCAGCGGCAUUCCCAAUUUAUGGUCUGGUCUGGCCCAUCGGAGGAAUUACCGGUCCCUUCAUCGGCGGUGUCCUAUCCAACCCGGCAGAAAAAUACGGUUCCAUUUUCCAGAAUUCUGUCUUUAGUAGACAUCCAUACUUUCUUCCUUGUUUGGUCGCUGGGAUUAUUGCGCUAUCAGGCGUUUUGAUUGGAUACAUUUACUUGGAGGAGACUCUGAGAAAGAAAACCAGGAAUGGUAGUCAGGAUUCGUUUAUCGAUGAUCACGAACCCUCCUUACGGGAACUCCUUUCCAUCCCAAUCAUCCGUGCAUUAAGCAUAAGCGCAUUCGCUCUGAACUUCAACGGGACUGCGUUUGACGUUCUUUUUGUUCUCUUUUGCUACACCCCCAUCAAGGACGGCGGUCUAGCGUUUUCGCCUUCCACAAUCGGCUUCACCUUGUCCUCCUCUGGCCUCAUCUCGUCCGCCAUGCAAAUCUUCAUCAUGCCUGUCAUUUUGAAGCGCAUCGAGGCUUCCAGAAUAUAUAACAUUUCUAUCGCAGCAUGGCCAAUUGUUUUUGCUAUUAUACCAAUUCUAAACGUCAUUGCCCGACAUGGACUCGUCGAGGGAACCGGCAAUUUGGAUGUUUGGUCGAACGUAAAGCUAUGGACUGGAAUUCUACUUGUCCUUGCGAUAUCCAAAGUUGGCGGUAUGGCAUAUAGUGUAAGCUUGAUCUUGACAAAGAGUAAUGUUUCCACUCCAGCUGUUUUUGCGGUUUCGAAUGGUGUCAUGUCUUGUUCAAUGUCUUUAGCCCGAAUUAUCAGUCCUGCUCUAGCCAGCUCUGUGUUCGCGCUGUCAGUGGAGUAUCACCUACUAGGCGGGUAUUUCUGGGCAUUAAUGAUGGUCUGUUUCUGUUUGCUCGCAUGCUGUUUGGGACGCAACAUUUCUCGCCUGAGCAAGAGCUCAUUAACACACCAUAAACCUCAAAAUCGCAAGUAA